AUGCUCACCUUGGUUGAACCACUAUAUCUUGUGUACGUAAGAGUUGUAGGAGCUGCCCACUUGCCUGUGAAUCAAGCUACUGACACUUGUGACCCUUGCGUUGAAAAUAGAGAGAUUUUGGUGAGAGAUAAGGCAGCUGUGACUAAUGCGAGCAUCGGUGGUAUUGCAGUUGGUAUAGGUGAUAUCCUUACUCGGCUUCUGGGGGAUUCUUCACUGACACCACAGUGGUAUGGACUCGCAGAUCAGAAUGGAGUUCCUGGUAGAUCAGGAGACUUGAUUGGCUAUAUGGGUAGGGAAUCAAGUGGAUUUAAGGUGAAUAGUGCUCAAGGCUUGGUGGUUUUGGAUCCAAAUCGAAAACCAGAAGUUUAUUUGAAGGCUACGUUGGGGAAUAAGGUUUUGAAGACUAAGGUUUCGAAGAACAAGAGUGUGAAUCCAAGCUGGAACGUUGAAUUGAUGUUUGUUGUAGCUGAUCCAUUUGAAGAUGCUUUGAUUUUGAGUGUGGAAGAUGAUAGAGGAGAUAAUAAGCCAGGUAAAGUUGGAGAUUGGGAGUUAGGGAUCUUAAAAGCUGAAGGGUUGGUGUCCAUGAAAUCCAAGAAUGGUUUGGAAACUACUGAUGCCUUUUUUGUGGUCAAAUAUGGACAGAAGUGGGCAAGGACUAGCACUGUUGUUAGCUGGGAUGGAUGGUAUGAUACAUUAAUUGGCAAGGUAAUCAGGAUUCGGGUCUCGACACUAGACUUUGGUCGGAUAUAUAAAUAUGCUUAUCUUCUGAUGGCCUUGAAGCCUGAUGGGUUGAAGAAAAUGGAAGAACUUCAUUUUACUCUAUUAUUUAACUGCACAAAAACAUGGGGUGAUAUGAGGCCCAGAGAUAUUCCAUAUCUGGAUACAAAGUUAUCUCAUGUUGAAACUGAGAACGUUUUAGACAUCGAGGAAGAGCUAGAGUCAUUUCCUACAUCUGCACUGCCCCGAUAUUUGAGGUUAAGGUAUGAUACUUUGAGAAGCAUAGGAUAUAGGAUAGAAUCAGCAGUGGGCAACUUGGCAACUCAGUUGGAGAGGUUUCAUUCUAUAUGGUCUGGAGGGUUCAAAGAGCUACCAUAA